AUGAACAUCAUGGAGUCGCCUGCUACGAUGAUGCGGCGCCUGCGGCACGCGGAGGACGCCUACGACGGCCGGUGGGCCGAGGACGCGGAGGAGGCGGCGAACGCGGCCUUCGCGGCCAUGGGCGCGGAGGUGGAGCGGCGCGACGCGGAGCGCGAGCGCGAGCGGUCGCUGGCCGAGGUCCGAAGGCGCGAGCGGCGCGCCGAGCACAAGUGGAUCAAGGAGCGCGACGCGGAGCUCGCGGCGAUGCGCGAGUCGGACGAGGCGCGCGCCGCGUGGGCCGCGGCGGCGCGCAUAGCGGAAGGUGCGGCGCGCGGCGCGGCGGCCGCGGCGCGCGGCGCGGAGCGGUCCGCGGCGGCCGCGGCGCGCGAGGUCCGCGCGGCGUCGUCGCUCGACUGCCGUUUCCGCGGCCUCGACGCGCUGCCCCGCCUCAGCUUCGAGACGCUCGUGACGCUGCGCGCCGACGGCAACGCCAUCGUCCGCCUGCCUCCAAACUUCCUCAACCUCGCGCCGUGCCUCGCGACGCUGUCGCUGAAAAGCAACCUGCUCGAAGCGCUCCCGGCGCUGCCGCCGCGGCUCGAGACCCUCGACGUCGCCGACAACGACCUCGCGCGCCUGUUCCCCGAAUGCGAGGCGCUGCGGACGCUCGUCGCCGCGGGGAACGCGUUGACGGCCGCGGACGUCGCGGGGGCCCCGUUCCUGACGCGCCUGGACCUCGGCAGCAACCAGCUCGCCGCCGUCGCCGGCCUCGGCGUCCUCGCGGACCUCGAGGUCUUGGAUUUGGAGAACCGCGCGUGGCUGCGGUCGGACCCGGACGCGCGCCCCGCGGCGAAUUCCGUCGCGUCGCUCGACGUCGUCGCGCCGCUGCUCCACGAGCCCUGGCCGCGGCUGCGGGAGCUGCGGGUCUCCGGCGGCGGCGCGGCGCUCCCGACGCGCAUCCCGGCGUCGCUGCGCGUGCUGGAGGCGCGCGGCUGCGGCCUCGCGGCGCUGCCCGCCGGCGACUACGCGGCGCUCGAGCGCGUCGACCUCGAGGGCAACGCGCUCGAGGCGCUGCCGGAGACCUGGGCGGAUCUCGCGCGCCUGACGCGGCUCCGGGUGGGCCGCAAUCGCCUCGCGACGCUCCCGGAACGUCUCAACGCGGUCCGCGACCUCGGCGUCGACCGCAAUCGCCUGACGUUUCUCCCGGCGGCGCCGCGCCUCGAGGCCCUCGACGCGCGGGGCAACCGCAUCGGAGACGCGCCAAGCGUGCUUCUCUCCCUGGACCUCUCGGACAACCGCGUCGCGGCGCUGGCGCCGCUGCCGCCGACGGUCGCGGCCGUCCGCCUCCGGAACAACCGGCUCCUCGCGCUCCCGCCGCUGCCGGCGAGCCUCGAGCUCCUCGUCGUCGACGGCAAUCGUCUCGGCGCGAUCCCCGCCGCGCCGAAGCUCCGGCUGCUCGAGGCGACGCGGAACCGGCUGGCGGCGCUGCCGGAGCUGCCCGCGCUGCGCGUCCUCGCCGUCGCGGGGAAUCGGCUGGCGGCGCUGCACCUCCGCGCCUCGGCCCAGCUCUCCGUCGUCCUCGCGGCGGAGAACGUCGUCGCGUCCGUCGACCUCCCGGCGACGGUCCGCGUGCUCGCGCUGUUCCGGAAUCCCGCGGAGGCGGGCGCGUCGACGGCGGCGCAUCGCGGCGGCCUCGAGGACGCGGCGGCGGACAUCGUCGACGUCUGCUGGGCCGGCGGCUUCGCGCUCGACGCCGCGAAAUGCGUGGCGACGUCCGUCGUCGUCGGCUCCGACCGGUGCUGGCCGCGCGACUACCCGAAGCGCGACGUCGCCGCCGCGUACGAGCGCGCCGCGGUCCUGAGACCCGGCGGCGCGGCCGUCGCGGCGGCGAACCUCGACCGCGCGGCCCUGGUCCACGAGCGGGCGCGGCGCACGGACUGGCUGCCGCUGGGGCUGGACCUGCGGGGGGCCGGCGGCGACGACGACCUCGCGCGGGCCGUCCUCGAGCACGAGAUCGCGCGCGCCGUGACGCGGCCGGCGACGCGCGCCCAUCGGUGCCUCGUGACCUGGGCGCGGGACUCGUCGAGCAGCGCGCGGCACCGCGGCGUCGCGUCCCGGACGGAGCUCUACGACCAGGCCGUCGCAUCGGGCGCGGACGUCGUCCUCGGCCGCCGCGGGGACGUCUGGGAGGCCAUGGCGUCGUACGCCUUUGUGUUGUCGCCCGCGGCGUCGCUCCGUGGGUCCCCCGUCGGCGCGGGGUUCGAUUGCUUUCGGACCUGGGAAGCCCUCUACUUUGGCGCGAUCGUCGUCGCCCAGCGGUCCCCGCUCGAGCGCGAGUUCCAGAAAGCGAAGCUGCCAGUCUUCGUCGACGACUUCCGUUUCACGUCGGCGGACCUCGCGCGGUGGGCCGCGGCCCACGCGCCGAUCGCGUCGCCGGACGACCCGCGGCUCAAGCGCGCCGCCUACCUUCGCGCGGAUUAG